ACAAUGUCAAUUCAUUUCGAUCUCCAUUUAUAUCCAUGGGUCAGUCUCCCGUCCGGUUCGGUCAUGCCGUUGCCACAGCGUUGGCUUGAUUUAUAUGGAUAAGAGGAGACUUUUCAACUACUCACUAGAGGUGUAUUUACCACCAUCAGUUCGUACAGUCUGAUCGACAUCUUAGUACCAGUGUGAAACAACAUGGCCACUAUAUCCAUCAACGCCCCCGGAGCCAGCGGCUUCCUCUACAACAAUGCCUCCAACGUCGCCCGACUAUGCAUCUCAGCCGAAACCCCUGACUUCGACGCCGUCUUUCUGCGCGAGUGGCAAGACGAGGGCUUCGAGGUCGUAUAUAUCCCUUAUAACGGGGGCGGCAAGGAAUACGAGCAGCAGUUACGCUCUGUGAAGGAGGGUUUGGGCGUGGGGGAGAAUUACGCUGUUCUGGCCUUCGGCGACGCAGCAAGCUACUGCCUCGACUACUACCUUAAGCCCACAGCGUCCAGCCGCCUCUGCGCCCUAAUAGCCUACUACCCGACCGCGAUCCCAGACACGCGCUCACGGUUCGCGCCCUCCCUGCGCGUCCUCGUCCACCUAGCCGGUACAACCGUCGACGUAGUCACCACGCCGACUGCGCUAGGUCUCCAGGGUAAAAAGCGGCGCGCGACCCGCGAGAUCAACCCCGGUAUUGGAACCGGCGAGCGUCUGAACUUCGGGUAUCCGGCCUAUACGUAUGAGGUUGAGCCUGGGUUUGCGGAGCAUGACCUCGAUGAGUUCGAUCGGUUGGCGGCGAGUCUGGCGUGGUCGCGGUCGUUGGGGGUUUUGAGGAAGGCGUUCAAUAAGGAUUUGGAUCUUGAGGCGAGGUGGGAGGAGCAUUUGGAUGCAAAAUUCUUUUCCAUGAAAAUCUCCUCCACAAUGGAACCCUACGUCAACCACCUCACCCCCACAACAACAUACACGCCCACGCUGAGCGGUGGAAUCGGCGCCCACGCUCUCCGCCGCUUCUACGAGCACCACUUCCUGCGCCAGCUACCUCCCUCCAUGCACCUACGGCUAAUUUCACGCACGAUCGGCGCGGACCGUGUCGUCGACGAGCUGUACACGUCUUUCGAGCACACGCAGGAGAUUCCGUGGCUGCUACCUGGUGUCGCGCCGACAGGUAAACGCGUUGAGAUCGUGCUUGUCAGUAUUGUCAGUGUGCGCGGGGGAAGGCUUUACUCUGAGCAUGUGUACUGGGAUCAGGCGAGCGUGUUAGUUCAGGUAGGAUUGCUGGAUCCGAAGCUGCUGCCGCGCGAGGCGCAGGAUAAGACGGAUCGGAUGCCUGUUGUUGGGAGGGAGGCUGCGAGGCGGGUCUUGGAGGAGAAUCCGGAGGAGGAGGGGCAAGGGCGUCGCGAUUAUCAUAACCGGUUGAUUCGGAGGGCCAGGGGGAAGAAGCCGGGGCCGGAGGUCGGUAAUGCUAAUGGUGGGGAGGAGUCUACUGGUAGUGGAGGAGGAGGAGGAGGAGCACAGUCCAAGGCGACGGUGGAGGACGCGCAGAAUGAAGAUUGACAGACUACUAAGAGUCCGAACCACGAAAUGUAUACCCUAUCGUCUAUGAUGUUUCUCGUCGCGGUGUGGUGGUUGGGACUGUGCUGUGCUGGUCUUUUCCUUUGUCUAGAGUAUUGGUAUCUGCGGUUGAAGGGCUGCUUUCGUUUUAUAUCUGUGUUCAGGAGGAGAUCUACCAC